AGCACGUGCGUUUUUACGCUCCUUUUAUUCUUUUGAUUGUUGCGUCUGUUUUUCUUGUAAAUAAUAUCUAUGAAACAAUUUCAAAAAGUGUUUGUCCGGCAUUAAUAAUGAAGAAAAGUUACGUAAAAAUCUGAACACUAACAAUCAUUUUCUUCACAUGUUCGGGAAAAUGCUGGACAGCGAAUCUAACCUCUCAAAACAAUUCUUGCGUGCCUGUCAAAAGGGAGAUUUGUCCCAAAUUCGGAGACUUGGUUCAGAAAAUAUUAAAGAUUGGUCGAUAAUUCGACAUGCUUCUUCCGGUGACAGUCCACUGCAUAUUGCUGCUCGGGAAGGAAAUUUGGAAAUAGUAAAGUCCUUGUGUUCAGAUUGGAAGGACCAAAAAUGCACAAUUGAUGUCGUCAAUUUGGAAAUGAAAACAGCGUUGCAUGAGGCAUCGCAAUUUUCAAGAACUGCUGUUGUUGAAUAUCUGAUAGAAAAAGGGGCGAAUCUGAAUUCUUUAAAACGUGCUGACUGGACACCGCUAAUGUUGGCCUGCACAAAAAGAGGAUCAGAGGCCAAUUCCUGUGUCCAGGCUUUAUUAAAGGCCAAUGCUGAUCUUUCUAUCAGGAAUAAAGACGGCUGGACAGCUUUUCAUUUAGCUUGCCGUUCUGGCGAUAUUAAUAUCGUUAAUCUUCUCCUGAAAUACUCACCGGAAUGCAUUGAAGCUGGAAGCAAAAAUGGACGGAAUGCCUUACAUAUAGCUGCAUUUCAUGGAUGCAAGCCUUUAAUCGAUCUGCUUGUGUCUAAAAAUUCAAAACUUCUGGACUCUAGAGAUUCAUCUGGAUCUGCUCCUUUGCAUGAAUCAGUUAAAAGUAAAUGCUUCGAGGCCACAAAAAGUCUUAUUGAAUCAGGGGCUAACAUUGCUGCCGUUGACGAUGCAGGACAAAAUAUUCUUCACAUCGCUGCUUCAGUUGGGAACAGAGAGAUUGUGGAAUACAUUUUAGAAAGUAAUUUAAUUGAUAUUCAAUCCGAAGCUCAGUUUCAGAUCACACCACUAAUUGCUGCCGAGAGAAAUUCCCAGCAUGAAAUUGUUAAACUCUUGUUAAAACAUGAAGACAAAUAUAAAGAAAUAUGA